UGGUGACGCUGCGUGCGACUCAAGGGCAGAGGAAACGAGGAAAGCGAUCACAACAACAUAUGAACACUGCCACAUUUCCAGACCUGUCUGUGUGUCUGUGUCUGUGCUGCUAUAUGCUGUAUAGCUCUGCUGCCAUGUCAGUGCAUGAUGUGAUUCCAGGUUUAUUUAUAAGGAGAUAAAAAAAAAAAAGAAGAAGAAAAAAAAAAAAAAGGGAAGAUGCGCCUGGAGGGGGAACGUCACAUUUCCAGAAGGAGCGACAGCGUGGAGGGACUGUGACCGAGCCGGGGAGAGGAGAGCAGUAUGCGGCACUGUCGGCCCAAAGCGUCCGAUCGUCCCCGGAUCUACGAGCCCUGGCUGGAGGAUGAGAUCUGUUCUCUUCAUUCCCAGAGACUCUGGGUUUUGUGAGAGCAGCACGUUCCAGCAGGAAUGAGUCAGGCCACCCGGACCUCUCACCACCACCACCACGGGAUCAGGACCAGCAGCCUGACGGUGUCCUGAAUCCACAAGGACGCGUCACUUAAAGUUUACGCAAGUGUCAGUGAGAAGAAGAAGCGGAUUUUCGAGUCGGAUGUGAACGCGUGACCUGAGGCAGGCGCGUUGGAUGUGCCCGGGAUGGAUGCGUGUUGCAGCCGCCGAGCAGCCCGCUCCUGAGUCCACUGAGGAAACUCUAAUGCGAAGUGUCUCCUGAUCAUUGAGGGUCUAAGUUUGUGUUCCAGUUGUGAGGAUGCCCCCCCGGGAGGAGGCCGGGACCCUGGGUUACUGGACACCGAGCUGAAUCGGAGACACACCGACGUGCACCUUCAUUUCUUUUUUCUUUCCUUUCCUGUUAUUUUUUUUUUUUUUUUUUUUUGGAGAGGGGGGAUUGCUCCAAAAAUAUUUUUUGCGUGCCCCUUGGACUCCUGCACAAUGGGGAUUAUGCUUCAAGUUAUUCUAGGAAUGUUUCAGUUCCUGCUGCUCACCAGAAUACCCGCGUCCCAUGCCAAGCUUGCUCACUGGCGGCCGGCAGACUCGCCCAAAUCCAGAGAGGGUCGAGAAGUGCGGCGGUGGCUGGAGGUGUAUUCGAGGAGCGGGUGUGAGCCUCGGGACACUCUGGUGGAGGUUUGGCGGGAGUUGCCGGGGGAGACCCACCACCUCUUUGUCCCGUCCUGUGUGUCGGUGAGGCGAUGUGGCGGCUGCUGUGCCGACGAGGCCCUGGAGUGUGUGCCCUCGCUCACGCACACACUCACCAUGGAGCUGAUGAGGACGUCCUUCAUAAAACAUGAGCUCAUCGAGUUGCCCUUUGUCGAGCACAGCCAGUGUGAGUGCAGAUUGAAAGAAGAAUUCCAACCAACACCCACAACAAGGUCACAUCUUAAGCCGACGAGAAAAGACAAGAAAAGGGAGAGAGGAAAAUCCAGACAGAAGACGAGUGGAGACAUCAGAGCUGCGACUGAUCCUCCCCCGACUCUUCCUCCCCCAUCUCCUCAUCCACCUACAACUCCUCCUCCCACCACCCUCUCUUCCACUCCGGCUCCCUCACCGUCGCCCUCACCGACGCCUUGCUGUCGCCCGUGCAAAGGGAGGAAGUGGGCACUGGAUGUGAAGACAUGUCAGUGCCGCUGCACCAUAAAAGCGGAGAGCUGCAGCCGGAAAGGCCGAAGGCUCAACCCUCACCGCUGCAGGUGUGAUGCCAUGAGGACUUGACUUGUCCAUCCACUUUCUUUUCACCUCCUCCUCUCCGCCUCCUCCUGCUGAUUCAUCGUCCACACUCAGCAUCACUGCCAUGGAGCAAACAGACACUUGGACAUCCACUAUCUCAGACUGAAGGAAAUAUUAGCGGAAGCACAUCAGAACUCGUAGUAGCGCCGUAGUAAAGCAACACGUGUAGCAUCAGAGCUUCAAUACACCGUAGAGCUACAUACGUGUGUGUGUGUGUGCAGCCAAACAUCUGACCACCUGCUUGCUUCUGUGGAAACGCUUCCAUCAGUCCACAUGUACAUGUAUCCACAGAUGUGUAAAGUCACUAAACUCAUCCCAUGAGUAGAGGGAUGAAACAGGAACGAUCAUACCGAACGAGAAGCGAGAAGCACAGAGAUGAAGUGGAACGACACGGGCCACAGACUUGUUGACGCUGCAGUAGAAGUUGUGACAUUUUGCUCACAGGGAAACUACACAUGGAGACGUUAAGUCAAGACUAAUGUCAGUGAAGAGGAUUUGAAAAACAGAUUAUUGGUGGACAUAUACACUCAGACAUAGCAGGAGAACACAGGACGUGCACAUGAACUGGCACCCCAGUGUGCGAGGACCUAUAGUGAAGCUGAAUGCAGGGAUGGAGUGUAUCUGUGUGGUCUCCCUCUGAAAGACCCAGAUGGGUUUUCCCUGCAGCCGUCCUCUCUCAUUCAAAGCGUAUGACCACAGGCUGGCUCUCCAAGCUGCUUUCCGGCAUUUGUUUAAUUUGGGCCUUUUGUCUCCAUCUUUUUCUCGGCACCUCGAUUGAAAGCAGCCGCUUUGCCUCCCUUUGCCUCGCUUUUAGGCAGUGAGGAGAAUGACAAUAAUGAGGACCUGGCGGCUGUCCACUGCUUCACACACAAACAUUCACACUUAUAAUACCAGUUACACAGACGACACUGCAAAUGCAGAAACACAUUCUCUUUGUGCUCUAGCAGGCAUACACACACACACACUAACACACACACACACACACACACGCACACACAAUGUGAAAUGAAUGCAGGUAGCCAUAAGCUUUUGUUCAUGCCACACAAAGUGUGCAAAUAAUUAUCUGUUGUUUAUAUUUGCAAUGUAAUGUUAUGUCCUCUUAUUGACUUAUUUUUCAUAUUGUAUUAUACGCCUUUGGUUUAUAUUUUUAUUAUAAUUCUGUAAAGAUGAUUGAAAAGUUAUUCUAUAUUGCAGAAUGUGUCUUUGUUUUGUUUUUGUUCAUCCUUAAUCCACCCUUAUAAAGAGUCGCUCUGGGUGGCCUGCUAUGAACACACUCAGCCUCCAAACCGAUACCCAAAUGUAUUGAAUUUAAACAGAGACGGCUCACACAGGCCACGAAUGGGAGACUAUAUACAUUAUAAUGUGUAUUUCAAACAAUCAGUGGGGCAGCGUUGUCCGCGGCACUCAGAAACCAAGCAAAUAGCCGUUCCCAGUGCUGUGAAAGGAAAACAUGGCUGUUGUUGUUACACGCUCGAGCCCGGGAUGGAAAGAGUAUUAUUCAUUUGGAACAUGACUUGUUUAUAUUCUGACUGAAUCUCUUGGUUUAACUCCAUGAUCGCUCAUGGUUGCUUGGCUGCCGGGUGGGAACUGGGGGUUUGUUGAGCAGCGUGCCAGUCAGCAUGACCAGCUAAAGCCAGAGUGCUGCUGCCAAUGACGAGGACCCACAGUGGCUGGUCAGAGAGUUGAAACCCAUUUUUGAUGCUCAUUCAGAUUAAAUCUUAUUGGCGACGUCUUAGCUCCAUGAGGAGCAGUAGCUGUGAAACUCUGUGAUUCAUGUCCACACUCUCCCCGAGGAUUAAUGUCAUCCUGCUGAUUAAUGACGCGUCACCUGGAAACAGAUUGCGGUCCAGAGUCUGAAUUAUUUGUGUUUCGGUCUUGAAGCUAAAGAACUUUGUUUCAGUAGUUGGUGUGAUAAACUCUGUAUUUAUACUCUCCUGAGAUGAGAUUAUUUUUUGUCACGCUCACGCUCACGUUCAUUGUUCAGUGUUUGUUAUAACUGUCAAUCAAUGCUUCAAUCACUACCUCUAUAUCAUAUCAUAUUAAUGACCAAGUAUUAGAGCAUUGUUGUUGCUGUCUCUGUGUUAUUUCCGACCUCUUCAAAGAUAAAGAUGUUUUUAUUUACAUGCAGCAAUAAGCAGCAGAUUAUAUGUAGUGAUAAUCACUGGUGUGGAGAAACCUACAGGGGGCCUCUUAGUGUGUUUUAGUAAUCUGAAAGGAAACGCUUUUUAAAAGAUGGAGAGAUGAGCUUGUCCUCUGAGUACAGACCAGACACUGUGUGGGACAGCAGAUUGUUUCCCAAAGCAUUUGUAGCCUAAACCUAAUGGUGACCAUUCUGGGCUUUUUAGAGAAGUUUCAUAUUUUGGGAAAUACACUUAAGAGUUAAAUUAGAAGAUUUAAACCUCUUUCAUGCUUUUACAGUAAAAUGAAACAGAGGCUGGCAGUCAGUUAGCUGAGCGUUGCAUAAAGAUUGGACACAGUGGCGAACAGCUAGCAUAGCAAUGAUCAAAUGGAACAAAAUCUGUGUGGCACCGCUAAAACGUAUAUACAUUGAAAUGUGAAAUCUCUUUUAUUGUUAUCUGCAUAAAAUAAGAAAAUGACAAGUUGCAGUUUUGUUCAGAACUAUUUUCCAAGUUUUUAUAUUUGCUAUUUGCAAAAACCACGAAGUCACUGUUCUAAGCCAAGAAAUAGUCCGGCUCAUGACUCCUGUGAAACGGCUUAAUACUGUUUGUACUCAGACCUAACAAUCGAAAUAUAACAAAUGACCUACAGUUUCCAGUCUGCUAAGCUAAGAUAGCAAACUGCCUAUUUAGCUACAUAUUAAUCAUACCCUACAAGAUUUACAAAAAAAUUGUUCUGAACAAUUUUACUUUGUCACCUCACAAUGCAAUAUUUCAACACAUCGAAGAAAGACAAAAAGUGUAUUUCCCAAAGUUCCAAACUCUUCUUGUAAGUUUGUCCAACUCACUUGCAACUUUUUUAUGCUGAUGCAUUUGUUAUUUGUGUAAACGGACACAUUUUCCAACCUUCAUUUUUUAAUAGUAAUAUUGCAUUCUGUAAAAAAGCAAGCAAAUGUUUUUGGGAAACCUUGAACCUCAGUACAGAUGCACUUGUGUUCAAGGUUGCAAAGCACAUGUUAUAUGUAUUAGUCAAUUAGGGGGAACAACAAUAAGGAAAAAAAGAACUUCUCCUGACGGCAGAAACGAAGGGGCAAAUAGACUCAGACUGCAAAGCUCCAUUCAUGCAGACAUGCCUUAUAUGUUGAAGACAUUCCGCCAAAAGAGAAAAGUUCUUAUUCUGCAGCACAACUCUUUCAGAUAAACAGCCUGGACACAUAAGCAUCCUACUCAAAUGUCCUGAUCGUGUGUGUGAGUAUUAAACAUCCGUGUGCUUUGUAUCCGCACAGUCUACAUUGUACUGUCAAGGUAGCCCUGUUCUCGCCUCCAGUGUCUUAGUAGCCUAGAGACCCCUUACUAACCAUGUAACAAUUUAUAAUCUCUAAUACUCAGCCAUGACUUUGUGUGUGACGUACAGCAUAUGUUAGAAAUGUAUUUGUAUCUUUAUUCCAGCUGCAAUGAAUCCCUUCUCUGCAAACACAUUGUACUACUGUAGCCUACAUGUAUAAAGAAAAAAUGACACUCUUUUUUUGCUGCUACACCAUUUGUGCCCUUUUAUUAUGUCUUUGUAGGAAACAAUGCAGUUUCUUGUCGUAUUAGUAUAAUUGCCAAUUAAUCAAUUCAAUGUCCACAUGAACGUGUAUACUGCAUCGUCAACUAUAUUGAAAAUGAUACCAGGAUACAACCGUGAUGUUACAGAUGUUAUUAAAGGAAAUGUCUUAUUUUUCAUAUAAA